UUGCACUGUGACGUAGAAACAUCAACCAAAAGAUUCGCAUUUGGGAAAAGUAUGUGACUUUUAAUAGAGCCUUUUAACAAGACGUUCAAGAAGUCAUCUCCGUCGGAUUCCUCUUCCUGUACAUCUGAAAGUGAUCUAGAAAGUUUUACAGUUGACGAAGUGAUUGGGGAAUUGUCUGAAUUUGCGCCGUACGACGACAGUUGCGAACCCCUUGCUACCGAGGAAGAAGCCGCGGACUACAACGAAAGAGUUCAUCGCGAAGAAGAAGAGGAACAACAGUUUCAACGAAGAUAUUCGGGAGAGGUGCCAGCGAAUGAAUGGUAUGGUAUUAUCAUGGAAUGUAGAUUUAUAUUUUUAUUUUCCAAUUUCAAAAUGCCCGUCGUUAAAUCGUGCGCGUGACGAACGCGACUAUGUGUUUUGUUUAAGUUUACAAUUUCGUUGCUAUGUGAUUAGCUGUAGUCCUGAUUUUAUGCGUUAGUUUUAUUUAAGAGGUCAGACAAUUAAUAAUUUUAUACAGACGUAUUUUCUUGUGUUUGACGAAUUUUUCACAUUAUUUUGCAGGUGUUCGUGCUCGAACUGCUCUGUCAGCCUUGUUACAAAAGCGCAGGACUGCAUUUGCUGCAAAGAGAUCGAUCGAAGAGGUCAUGGAAGAAGCCAUUGGAGACCGGACCGUAUGCAUAACCCUCCAUCCAGGGUUUGA